UUUCAUUUUUCCUGAGAUUUGGCGAAGGGUAAAGGGUCGGAGUCCCAUGGGUACAAAGCAUUUGAUUAAUGUUUAAGUCACCGCUCUCGCUGUCGGAGCUGCCUCCCCGCCAGCCCCUGCCGCGUGAGGCCGGAGCCGCGGGGCUCGGCAUGCAGGUCCCGGACCGGGGCCGCCUCUCUUGGGAGUUCUCUGCUCAAGAGCCUCGCGCCUCCCGCGCCCGAGUUUCAGCGAGCGCCCUUUCCUCUCCUAACACCCCAGCCUCUCCCCAGCCUGUAAAGUCGCCGGUACCCCCUCGGGCUUCUCGGAGGCAGCAACUUUCCCCUCUGGCCGGCGCGGGGCCGGGCGCCAGUCGGCUCGCGGAAUAGCGCGCAGCACAGCAGCCCUGCGUCCCGCCACCCACCAUGACCGACGGGAGCCGCUGGGACGGCCGCGCCCAGAGAGCCAAGGACCUGGAGAAACAGCUUCGCUUGCGCGUGUGCGUGCUCAGCGAGCUCCAGAAGAGCGAGCGGGACUAUGUGGGCACGCUGGAGCUCCUGGUGUCGGAGAGUGUGUCUCCCCUCGGCUACGCAGGGUGUAGCAGGCGGCGCAGCGCGCGGAUCCCGAAGCGGCAGCGGGCGCCUGGCAUUGUCUGCGGGGGGACGGGGCACCGCUCCCGGCGUCGCGGGACCAUGAACCCGCGCACGGACACUCUGCUCGCCCGCGCGCGGACCCUGGGCGGGACUGUUUAAAGCCUGGACAUCCAAUGAGUUUGCCAGGGCCUUGGACACAUGCGGGCUUGAAAAGUUAGGUCCAAUGGGAGAAGGGUCCUGUCCCGGGAAUCCCUGCUUACCCUCUCUUUCCUCACUCUUUACCCCGUCCCUGGCUGCCUUGUGUAAUUUUUUUACCCUCUUCUCCUCCCCUGGGUUUUUAAGACUUUGGCUUGGUGAUUAAGGUCACUCUACUACAUUCAGGUACAUUUAGUUAAAAGAAAAAAAAAAUCCUUGAUUGUUUUGGAGCUUGAGUUCAUUAUUCAGAUUAGAUGGCAGCGAAGUCCCUUUAGUUAUAAUAAUCUUUGAAACACAGGAUUCUGGCGAGGGGUAGAGAACAAGCAGUGGGGUUAUGAUCUCUAGCAGCUGUUGGCUGUUAAAGCCACCUGUGGUGCUCACCCUGUUCUAGCCCUGCAGUCUCCUACCCCCCAUCCUCCCUCCCGGGUUUAAAUUUGCUCCCCGCUCAGCUUCUGGAUUCUCUGUUCAUACUGAGCCCAGUAGUGCAGUACAAUAAAACUAGUGUCAAAAAAAAACUUCAGGGGACGCCUGGGUGGCUCAGUUGAUUAAGCAGCUGCCUUCGGCUCAGGUCAUGAUCCCAGUGUCCUGGGAUCGAGUCCCACAUCCGGCUCCUUGCUCUGCAGGGAGCCUGCUUCUCCCUCUGACUCUGACUUCCACUCUGUCUGCCUAUGCUCGCUCUCGCUCGCUCUCUCUCUGACAAAUAAAUAAAUAAAAAAUCUUUAAAAAAAAAAAAAAAAAACUUCAGGAUUUCAUAGAAAGAACUGGCAGGAACUUUGUUUCAAAGUUUCAGCUUGACGUAUUGGAAGCCUGCUCUGGAAACGUUUCAUUCAUUUUAGAGCCAGAAGGGGCAAAACUGAGUGAAAGAAACUUCUGAGACAUCACUCAGAAAUUGAUUUUUUUUCUAUUCAUUGUUGCAAAGACAAACUUUGAGCAUUGGCUCUUUUGCAUCCAGAUGCCUGGGAGAGCAUAGGACUGAGGAGCUCUUAGCCUUUGCAAUCUAACUCACAUCUUCAAACCUUCUGCUCCUUCCACCUCCCUGUUGCAUGCCCUUGUGGUCCAACGGGAAAUGUUUCAAAGGCCAAAACUUCCCGCUCAGUGUUCUGUAAGAUGUAAACGUUCUGCUUAUAAUUAUGGUAGAGAAAUUCACUUCUUUGCUAUGUCUAGAAGGAGAGAACAUUGUUUCAACACAGGUUGACUUCUGGUUGACUUCUCAAAUUAAAAUCAGGAUACCUGAGCCUCUGGGACCACAUUCUUUGGAAAUAUUUAGAUAUUUGAGAAUAUAUGGGUAAUUGGUGAUAAAUUGGAUUAUUGUACACUUCCAUGUAGCAAUGUCAAAAAAGCAUGUUUUUAAGAUUUGACAUUUUUUUACAAAGUUAUUACAAUAUUAUUGACUAUAUUUCCCUAUGUUGUAUGUUUCUAGGACUUAUAAUCAGAAGUGUGUACCUCUUAAUCCUCUUCAUCUAUUUCACUUAUCCCCCACCCUCCUCCCUGCUGGCAACUCCUUGUUUGUUCUCUGUAUUGAUGAAUCUGUUUCUCUUUUUGUUGUUGUUUGCUUGUUUUGUUUUUUAGAUUCCACUAUAAAUGAAGUUAUAUGGUGUCUUUC